GCCCACGCACGCUUGUGACGUCACACGUCGUCCCACCCACAUAUUUCUGUAAACCACCUUGCGUAUGAAGUAUGGCGGCCCCAGCCACACAACUACUACUCGGCCAAAGUUUAUUACUCACAUUUUCACGUGAGAGCAAUGAAUAAGUCCGCGGGCCGAGGGUUCGGCAACGAAGAGCUCGGCGACUGUAAACAGAGGAGAGGAGCAGCCGAGCGGGACGUGGCUCCGUCGCCGGAGGACUUUCCUCGCGUUCUCUUCGCCUCCUUGAUUGAAGUGCCUUCAGUGCGGGCACCACAGGGAAAGGAGCUCCCCAGGGCGAGGAGAGUGGACGCGGAAGUUUGAAACAAACUUUUAUUCGGCUGCGCGGUGCAAGCGUAUCAAACCGCCUUCGUCGGGGAUGUCUUUUGCGCGGUGUUAAAGUGUCACUUGUUGUCCGAGCCUUGUGAGCAGCCAGUGAGCCGCAGCCAACUGUUGACUGCUCGGUGUGCAUUUAAUGCUCCGGCGCUGCAUUAGCACUAGCUAACGUUAGUUAGCCUCCAUGGCUACUUCCAACGUUAGCCUGAGGUCGCCUGAUAACGGACAAUAUUCAUGUUUUUGUAGUCAUAUAUCCCAGGGCAGACUUCCUUUGAACAAUGCAGAUCUCGGGCUCCAUUAAUGCAUGAUUAUCCAAAGCAAAGUGGAAUAAAACUAACCCAUAUCAGUGAACCGUGUCACAUACGCUCCAGACGAGGACGGGCUGAGUGUUCGGGACCCGGGCUACCCUCCCCGCCUGGGGGGCUAACACUUGGAGAGUGAGCCUCUGAGUUCAGCUUGGAGCGUCCCGGCUGCGGCCUGGCACUCUGCUCUUAUGGGGCAGCAGCCGGGGAAGUUUGCAGGGGACCAGAGGAGACCCAGUCUGCCAGCCUUCAUAAAGGGUGGGAAGAGAGAAUCAUCACGCCAUGGGACGCAGUCCUGCAAUGUUUUUGCUGUGCACGAAGCUCUUCAGAGACCAGACCUUGAGGGUCAGGGUCUGACCGAAGCGGCCCGCUGGAAUUCCAAAGAGAACCUGUUAGCUGGACCCAGCGAGAAUGACAACAACCUGUUCGUGGCACUGUACGACUUCGUGGCCAGCGGUGACAACACACUCAGCAUCACCAAAGGUGAGAAGCUGCGCGUGCUGGGUUACAACCACAACGGUGAGUGGUGCGAGGCGCAGACCAAGAAUGGCCAGGGCUGGGUACCGUCCAACUACAUCACCCCGGUCAACAGCCUGGAGAAGCACAGCUGGUACCACGGCCCCGUGUCACGCAACGCUGCCGAGUACCUGCUCAGCUCCGGCAUCAACGGGAGCUUCCUGGUCCGCGAGAGCGAGAGCAGCCCGGGUCAGAGGUCAAUAUCUCUGCGAUACGAGGGCCGAGUCUACCAUUACAGGAUUAACACUGCGUCUGACGGCAAGCUGUACGUCUCCUCUGAAAGUCGCUUCAACACACUGGCGGAGCUGGUGCACCACCACUCCACGGUGGCCGACGGCCUCAUCACCACGCUGCACUACCCGGCUCCGAAGCGGAACAAGCCCACGAUCUACGGAGUUUCGCCCAACUACGACAAGUGGGAGAUGGAGCGCACUGACAUUACCAUGAAACACAAGCUGGGAGGGGGGCAGUACGGGGAGGUGUACGAGGGGGUGUGGAAGAAGUACAACCUGACUGUGGCCGUCAAGACGCUAAAGGAAGAUACGAUGGAGGUGGAAGAGUUUCUGAAAGAGGCCGCUGUCAUGAAAGAGAUCAAACACCCCAACCUGGUGCAGUUAUUAGGUGUGUGCACGCGGGAGCCACCGUUCUACAUCAUCACAGAAUUCAUGACCCACGGGAACCUGCUGGACUACCUGAGGGAGUGCAACAGGGAGGAGGUGAACGCCGUGGUGCUACUCCACAUGGCCACGCAGAUUUCCUCCGCCAUGGAGUACCUGGAGAAAAAAAACUUCAUACACAGGGACUUGGCAGCUCGGAACUGCCUGGUGGGGGAGAACCACCUGGUGAAGGUUGCAGACUUCGGUCUGAGCAGGUUAAUGACAGGAGACACCUACACAGCUCACGCUGGAGCCAAGUUCCCCAUCAAGUGGACCGCACCAGAGAGUCUGGCCUACAACAAGUUCUCCAUUAAGUCCGAUGUCUGGGCGUUUGGGGUCCUACUGUGGGAGAUCGCCACCUACGGCAUGUCCCCUUACCCAGGCAUCGACCUGUCCCUGGUCUACGAGCUGCUGGAGAAAAACUAUCGCAUGGACCGACCAGAGGGCUGCCCCGAGAAGGUCUACGAGCUGAUGAGAGCCUGUUGGAGGUGGAACCCUUUAGAACGUCCAUCGUUUGCUGAAACACACCAGGCUUUCGAGACCAUGUUCCAGGAGUCCAGCAUCUCCGACGAAGUGGAGAAGGAGCUGGGCAAAAAGGGAAAGAAGGCAACGUUAGGAUCCAUCCAGCAGGCUCCGGAGCUGCCCACCAAGACCAGGACUCUCCGCAGGAACAUGGACAACAGGGAUGGAGACAGUCCAGAUCCCACCGACCCAGAGGCGGUUGUCUCCUCGCCGAUGCUACCCAGGAAAGAGAGGACGCCCCUGGACGGCAACCUGAACGACGACGACCGCUUGAUACCCAAAGACAAGGACAAGACCCGUGGGAGUGUGCUGCUCAACCUCAUCAAGAUAAAGAAAAACAAAGUGCCGCCUCCGCCCAAACGGAGCUCCUCCUUCAGGGAGGACAUGCACCACGAGAGGAGGUGCGUCACCUUAGAGCCCCGUGACAACGACAGCUUUAACAAUGGCGCGUCUCUGACUAUUAAUGAAUCCACGCACGGCCCCGACUCCUCCAAACUCCUCGGUACUAACAACAACGGAGCAGCGAGUAUCACAAACGGUGCUCCCACCUACCCGGGACCAUUUUUCCCCAGGAAGAAGGUCCCUGCGGCGCCUGGUCCAGGAGGCAAGGCCGCUACAACGCCACCCGGUGAGGAGGAGACCAUGUCCAACUCCAAACGUUUCCUCUGGUCCUCCAGCGUACCCUGUGGCUCAGACGGCAGCGAGUGGAGGUCCGUCACGCUCCCGCGAGAUCUGGGCCAGCGCCACUUUGACUCGGGUACCUUUGGCGGCAAGCCGGCUCUGCCGCGCAAAAAAACCAACGAGCAGAAAAGGGACGGCGCUCCUCGGAUGGGCACCCUGACGCCCCCGCCGCGUCUUAACUCCUCCGAUGUUUCCUCCGCCUUCAUGGGAAAAGACAGUGAUCACAGCCCGGGGUCGAGUCCCAAGGCUUUAACACCCAAGGCGGACAGGAGACCGGGGUUUCCAGGCCUGGAGAACUCUAAAACCAGCGCUCUGCAGGCCGAGCUUCUCAAGCCCAACGUGUUCCCUGCUCUGGGAGCGGCUGGAGACGAGUGCAGAGCCCGCAGGAAAAAGGAGCCGGUGGACUCCGUCAGGGAACGAGGGAAGAUACAGAAACCCAAACCUGCCCCGCCUCCACCGCCCGCCAACUCCAAACCUAGCAAGGUCUCUCGCAGCCCCACUCAAGAACUCCCUUCACCCUCCUCCACUUCAGACUUCAAAGCUAAGGGUCUCUCCUCUGUGUCUGAGGCCCACCACACAACCACUGUCAGUGACCAAGCCGGCUCGCCACUUAACGAGGGCUCCAAGAAGUCGCACCUGGGCUCCUCCUCCAAACCUCAACCGUUGAAAACCUCCUCCUCGGUGACGACAUCCCUCUCCAGUCAGAGUUUAGGAGGCUUCUCUUCCCCUCUGGCCUCACCCGGGGACCAGAGUUCCCUCACCGCUUUCAUCCCGCUAGUCAACACCCGGCGCUCUCUCCGCAAGAUUGCACCCCGCCAGGCCUCCGAGCGGACCUCCAACUCGGCCGCGACCCGGGACAUGGUGCUGGAGGGCACCGAGCUGCUGCGGGCGGCCAUAUGCCGGAACUCGGAGCAGACGGGCAGCCACAGCGCCGUCCUGGAGGCCGGCAAGAACCUGUCCAAGUACUGCAUGAGCUACGUGGACUCCAUCCAGCAGAUGAGGAACAAAUUUGCCUUCCGCGAGGCCAUCAACAAGCUGGAGAGCAGCCUGCGUGAGCUGCAGAUCUGCCCAACUGCCACUGGGGGUGCCAAUUCGCAGCAGGACUUUAGCAAGCUGCUUUCCUCUGUCAAAGAAAUCAGUGACAUUGUCCAGAGGUAGCGUCCCAGAAGCUUCCGCUGUCACAACGCAGAUGUCCUACCAUAUCUCACACCACCCAGUUUUUUGUUUUUUUUUGAGCGUGAGCCGUGUUUCGUGUCGAGCUCUGUUGCAAGAGCAGCGGGUAGAAUCUGCUGGAGGAGGGGCGGCAGGAGGCGGAGCUUCAGCCUACACUUCACUCUGAAAACUCUUAAGCCUGUGGUUAUUGUGGGCGGAGUCAAAAUGUCUCCUGACAUUUGGAGAGGCGGUUUGCAAUAUUGAAAAGCCUUAACUAUGAAUGAACAAGUGUCUCUUGGCCUUCAGGUCAUGGGGGUGUGGGGGAGGGGCAGUGGGAGGGAGGGGGUGAGGAUUUUUGAUAAACAUGAUCUUUCACCAAUCAUUUUUGAAAUGAUCAUGUCUUAUAUCGUUGUGUGUUUUUCCCCCCCUUUUUUAUUUCUUUUUUUAACACUAACACAAAAAAAGUCCUGUGAUAUUUUUCCUUAUUGAUUUACUGUUGGUUUGUGUGUGAUUUUUUUUUCCCUCCAUGCUGAUGACAAUGAGCAAAAACAAAACACUUGACCUCAUUUUGUUCUUCUCACACCUUCAAGCCAUUUUGUCUUCACUCAUCACGUUCUAUUUUCACCUGGGUUCAGCGUUCUUGACCAGAGGCCUUGGCCCCCCAGGUUUGGCCACCUUUUGCCAUCGCCUUGUACGGCGUCGUCAGUGAUAUUUGAAAAACACCAGUGUUUGUUCUGUAUUAGUUUUUUUGUUUUUUUUUUACAGUAUUUGCCACCAGGUGGCCUGAUAAAAGGUGGAGGCAGAGUCAUCGUGGGAGAAAAGCCUUUGGCCAUUCUGCUUCACUGCACUGUUUGCUAACAGGAGGAGCCGCUAACACUUUGUGGUGCUGCUUAACGUUUGUUCGCACUCAUCAUGUUAGGUUCAGAUAAAAUAUUCCCUUGUGCUGUUGCUAAUUAAAUAUGGUUUUAUUAAAUGUGCGUUAAAUUUAAACAUUAACUUGGAAAUUAAGAGCAGGUAAUACCACUGCUGACCAGUAGGGGCAACGGGGGGAAAAAAAGGUUUACAUCAUCCAUCGACGUCCAUUCGAAAAUCCAACUUUUUGCGUGAACUGAAGCAUCUAAAGACUUGGUUCAGAAACGCCGAGAUCACUUUGUGAUUUGUUGCUAAUUGUAUUUAAGUGUUUGCCGAACCAAAAAAAACAAAAACACUCCAGACUGAAAUGGAGAGGAAGGACCAGGGUGGUGUAGAUUUUAAUAGAUGUGACUUUUGUUCAAAAGUUUUAGUUCCACUUCAGGUGCCAGUGAGCGACCAUUGGCAGUUCUCGUUCUGUGUCACAUGGUCUCCACGUUGUUCAAGACCGUUUUUUUUUUUCUACCCCUGCAAAAAAGAAAAAUUUAAAAAAAAUGGAGGAAACACUGGACUGGAAAUGUUCAUGGACCUGUCACUUGCUGUCUUACAGGGAGAGUGAGAAGCUGACCGUAGUUGAACUCCACUCUUAUCUUUCCUUGACUCUCUUUCGCCAUCUCCUGGACUUCUUCUUUUUUUUGGACGUUAGCGCCGACGUCUCGUCACGUGCCCUGUCUGACUGCGAUGCCUGAGGACACAAAGUCGACCACAAGCUGCCUUCACGUCAACACGGUACUGUAAGUGUUGGCUGUUUUUGAUUUUUUUUUUUUGGUGAUUCUGACCAACCAUACCACUACUUUGGGACUAAGCCUCACGGAUUUUGUGGACACUUUUGUCUUUUGUAAAUGUUCUUAUUUUCACUGUUUGUUCCUCCCUCUAGCCUUGGUGCAAUUUUUGUUGCAAUAAAAAUACAAAGCAGUUGUGCUACUUGAAAUACACCCAACGUUGAGUUCUAGUUUUUUUUCUCCUCUCCCAGAAACACACCAGUACAGACUCAACAGGUUAUGUAUAAUUUAUUUUCUUCCGUCUAGAGUUAUCAUUAAAAUCAAAAUGUCAACAUUUUUAAAAUCAUAUACACGCAAGAACGCAUUUAAAUGUUAGCACAGCUCCUUAAAAAUUUAUACAUAUGUACUUCUUUUUUUUUUUUUUUUUGUACUUGUGGACAGACAAAGCAGGAAGUGGUCACUUGAACUGCAAAGAGGCGGGACACCGACAUCCCACAGUAACAAACCAAUCCCCGCUCCCCGAAAAGUUAAGACAGACACAGGCUCCUCCCACACAGAGGAGGAGGAGGAGCAUCAUUAGGAGAUGGAGGA